CAUGCUGCUGCCAGUCCAGAGUGUGUCAUGGGUCCCUGUACGGCCUCCCAUUGCUGCUGUCUCCAUCGCCACACACAUCUGCCAUGUGCCACUUUCAGGUCUCCUCACACUGCUGGUGGGUUCCAUUUUGUCAUUAGGGUGCUGGCAGAUUACGGGCCUCCCAUUGCUGCUGCCAGGCCCGUAAUCUGUCAUGGGCCCCCUGUACCGCCUCCUCAUGCUGCUGCCAGGUCCAGAGUGUGUCAUGGGUCCCUGUACGGCCUCCCAUUGCUGCUGUCUCCAUCGCCACACUCUGCCAUGUGCCACUUUCAGGUCUCCUCACACUGCUGGUGGGUUCCAUUUUGU